UAGUUGUCUUGGUCGCACUAAAGUCGGAGAUUUGAACGCGGAAGUAGACUUUGAACUACAACUCCCAUCAUCAGACCCUUUCAAGAUUUGUCUGUAGUGCCACAUCAUUUGAUGUCACUGCCGCACCUGCGCAGCCAUCUUGUACUUCUAGCGAGGAGCGGACACAGAAAGAAAUCAAAAGGAUCAAAUAAACCUGUCAAAUCAGAAGAAAAUAGGAAUGUCUUUAAACGUUAUAUAGCCGAUUAGACACCCAAGAAGUACAAGGUUAGGUAAAAAAAAGACAUUGAAGUGCUUCGGAUAUCCAGACCUACAAGUCAUAUUUUGCUUGUGAGUGAGAGGAGGAAGGAACAGUCAAAUCGCCGAAAGAAAAACACAUCCCGAACAUCAGUCAAAUCAUGAAUCCAGAAUAUGACUACCUGUUCAAGCUCCUCCUUAUUGGUGACUCCGGUGUGGGAAAGUCCUGUCUUCUGCUCCGCUUUGCUGAUGACACCUACACGGAGAGCUACAUCAGCACCAUCGGUGUAGACUUCAAGAUCCGCACCAUCGAGCUGGACGGCAAGACCAUCAAACUACAGAUUUGGGACACUGCUGGUCAGGAGAGGUUCCGCACCAUCACCUCCAGCUACUACAGAGGCGCCCACGGCAUCAUCGUGGUCUAUGAUGUCACAGAUCAGGAGUCGUACAACAAUGUGAAGCAGUGGCUGCAGGAGAUCGAUCGCUACGCCAGCGAGAACGUCAACAAGCUGCUGGUGGGGAACAAGUGUGACCUCACCACCAAGAAAGUAGUGGACUACACAACAGCCAAGGAAUUUGCUGACUCCCUGGCCAUCCCCUUCCUGGAAACGAGUGCCAAGAACGCCACCAAUGUGGAGCAGGCCUUCAUGACCAUGGCUGCUGAGAUCAAGAAGAGGAUGGGCCCCGGGGCCACAGCUGGAGGGGACAAGCCCAACCUGAAGAUAGACAGCACCCCUGUCAGGCAGUCUGGAGGGGGGUGCUGUUAAACUGGACUCUGUUCUGGAUGCUCUCCUCUUCUUCACCCUCCCUGCUCUGGGCUUCACUUCCUCCACCUCUUAAUCCCUCAGCCUCCCUCCCAUCUCCCGUUGUCUUACUCUUGCCGCGGGAUGGGUGGUUGGAUAGGGAGGGGAGGAGUUGAGGGGUGAGAACUGGGGACUGACUUUAAGACCGUAUCUCCCCACAGAAAAGUAAAGAGAAAAGUUAGGUGGGGGUUAGGUUGAGAACUUUUUUUUCUUUUUUUCCAAGCGAUGAGUCAGGAACGUAAACAGAUAUGAGAAAAGAUUGGUAUUGACUUAGAGGAGAACUGGGUGAUAGAAGAUUAGGUUUUAGAUUCCGGCGAGCGCUUAUCUCUCUCCCUCUCCUGUGUACACACACACACGCACACACACACACACACACAGACAGACAGAACAGGGGGCGGAGUGAUUCUCCCAUAGGAAGUCGUCACAGGUGAGGUUCUCUUUCCUUUAGGCUAUGUCUGUCAUUGCUAUCCAAUGGAAGUCCUAUAGCAAAAUCAGUUUAGAGUGCUACAGUAAUCUGUCAUUUAUGUAUUGGACCUGUUUUAUCUCAGACUGCUGGGGUGCCUUGUAGUCAUGGCGAUGUGUCACCCACCGUCUUAAGUCUGUUUAUAGGUAUCAAGUGAGUGACGUUUUCAAUCUAGCCUACGGUCUACGUUCCACAUGCAAUAGUAACACUAAUGCACUAUUUAUACCCAUCCAUCCAUCCAUUGUAUGAACUGAAUUGGCGUUGGGGCAGACUGCACCACUACCAGCGUCCUAACAACGGAGUCAUCCAUCAUAUUAAUCGAUGAGGAUACGGGUAUCUUAGAAAUAGAAUAAAUAGACCGGACUCUGAAGGAAGGCAUCAGCAGAGAGGGGAGAGACAUACACUUUGUCUGUGUGGAGAAGAGGGUGCUGGGAAGGAUCGCUCUGACUCCCCGUAGAGCCUGAGCUUUAGGUUGAUUCGACACAGAACAGGAGAACUUUUGGUUGAACUUGGAAUCACUCCUUCCCUUCAUCCCUCUACAUGCAGACGGGAGGAUGUAGUGAGAGAGACUCUUGGUUUUUGAGUGCUUUAAUAGACUGUAUGGUGUUAGUUAGCUCACAUCACUCCUCUUGUUAGGAUUUCACAUGUAAAAAAAGACCAAGCAUAAAUAUUUGAGAUCAUGUUUGUAUGUCUUUUAAGUUGCCAGGACUCUAUAUUACAGUAUGCCCAAGGUGGUUCUUCAACAUAAACAGACAGUGUACACACACACACACACACACAGAACGGGGCAUGACGUAGUACUAGAUUAGUGGUGGGAGUAUGUCGGGGCUUGGGCAAGCGAUAUUCAACUAAUUAACAGGACAUAUGAAACAAGAAAUUGGCAAUAUUCUCUCUUCAUAUUCAUAGAUUAUUGUUCAUAUUAUUUUAUUGUUAUUACAAUGAUUUUAUUAUUUGUA